GUUAACAAGAAGAAGAAGAAGCCCUGGGCGGGUGCGUGGUCGGUGUGUGUGCGAGCACGAGCGGAAACGGCGUUUGUUGUUCUUCCCUCUGUUUCCGAGACGUUCAGGGUCUAAACGGGUUCAACAGCCGCGUCUGCAUGUUGCUGCCAAUUCCCGCAAUAACCCGUCUUCUACCGCCCCCGAAUGAAGAUUAACAGGUAUGCCAAAGGAAAAAUAUGAUCCUCCAGAUCCCCGCAGAUGUUACACCAUCAUGCCAGCCGACGAGGCGGCAAGUGGGAAGAAGUCUCACUGGUCCGAGCUCGAGAUAUCUGGGCGGGUGAGGAGCCUGAGCAGCUCAUUGUGGACACUCACCCACCUCACGGCGCUGCACAUCAAUGACAAUAACCUGACCCGCAUCCCGCCAGACAUCGCCAAGCUGCCCAACCUGGUCUACCUGAACCUGUCGUCCAAUAAGCUCCGCAGUCUGCCCGCCGAACUGGGCAACAUGGUCUCUCUCAGGGAAUUGCUUUUAAACAAUAAUCUUUUACGAGUUCUGCCUUACGAACUUGGAAGGCUUUUCCAGUUACAAACCCUCGGGCUAAAAGGAAAUCCUUUGUCCCAAGACAUCCUCAAUUUGUACCAGGAGCCAGAUGGAACCAGAAAGCUUUUGAACUACAUGCUCGACAAUCUAGCAGUGCACCCAGAGCAGCUCCCCCAAAGACCUUGGAUCACUCUGAAAGAGCGAGACCAAAUGAUCCCCACCGCUGUGUUCACGGUUAUGUGCUACAACGUGCUGUGCGACAAGUAUGCCACGCGACAGCUGUAUGGUUACUGUCCAUCCUGGGCCUUAAACUGGGAGUACAGGAAGAAGGGAAUCAUGGAGGAAAUCACCAGCUGUGACGCUGACAUCAUCAGCCUACAGGAGGUGGAGACAGAGCAGUACUACACGUUGUUUCUGGAAACACUAAAGGAGCGCGGCUACGACGGCUACUUCUGUCCAAAAUCUCGUGCCAAACUGGUUUCAGAACAGGAGAGGAAACAUGUGGACGGCUGUGCCGUGUUCUUCAAGACUGAGAAGUUCACUUUGAUCCAGAAACACACUGUGGAGUUCAAUCAGGUAGCCAUGGCUAACUCUGAGGGUUCAGAGGUCAUGCUGAACAGAGUGAUGACCAAAGACAACAUCGGGGUGGCCGUGCUGCUCGAGGUCAAUAAGGACAUGUUCUCCGGGGGCAUGAAGCCGCCUCAGGAGAGGCAGCUCAUCCUGGUGGCCAACGCCCACAUGCACUGGGACCCCGAGUACUCGGACGUUAAGUUGAUCCAAACCAUGAUGUUCCUGUCAGAGUUAAAGAGCAUUGCUGAGAGGGCCUCGGGCUCUGUGGCAACGGGAUCGCCGACCUCUGACCCGUCCUCAAUCCCCAUCGUCCUGUGCGCUGACCUCAACUCGCUGCCUGACUCCGGUGUGGUGGAGUAUCUGAGCAACGGAGGAGUGGCCGAGAACCACAAGGACUUUAAGGAGCUACGCUACAGCGAAUGUCUGACCAACUUCAACUGCAACGGCAAGAACGGAAACUCGGAUGGAAGCAUCACACACAGCUUCCAGCUUAAGAGCGCCUACGACAGCAAUCUGAUGCCUUACACCAACUACACAUAUGACUUCAAGGGUGUGAUCGACUACAUCUUCUUCUCCAAGACCCACAUGAGCGUCCUGGGCAUGCUCGGACCGCUCGACAGCCAGUGGCUCAUAGACAACAACAUCACGGGCUGCCCCCACCCGCACAUCCCCUCGGACCACUUCUCCCUGCUGGCCCAGCUGGAGCUGCACCCUCCCCUGCCCCACCCGCUCAACCCCCUCAACGGGCUGCACCUGCCGGUCCACAGGUAGUGCAGCCUGAGAAUGAGAGAGAGCGCCCCGCCUACCCCUUUUUACCCCACCUUUUAAACACUGUCCCACCCUCCUCCUCCCUCCAGCUUUAUACAGGACUCUGUACAGUUUACCGAUCACGUUAAACUCGGACACCAUCUGACCGCCUCUAACCCCAAAAGGAGUGAAGUAUUUGCCCCGGGUGUUGCUCCUUUUUAUGUUUUUGCACACUGUAUAUUUUUAUUUUUUUCCUUUCUCCCUUUGAAAAGGCUUGAUACCAAAUGUUGGGCUUGGGAUGAAGCAUUUCCCAACGUCUGUUUUGUUUUUUUGUUUUUGGCUUAGUUGUAAUCAUGGCCGCUUAAAGAUUCCACAACAACAAACUAAUACUAACAACUGUUUAAGGUAAAUCUACUACACAAAUGUAAGCGUCAUUUCACACAGCUGUGAAAUUUUUAGAGUACAGACACGUGAUCGUAUUAAUGCUGCACAGUUUAUAGAGCUGAAACCUGCUUUCACUCACAGAUUAACUGACAGGUAUUUAAUUGAACGGGCGUUCAACACUACAAAAACAAAACCCUCAAACUUUUGGAUGUUAUAGGAGAAUGUAGAAGGAUUGUUUCUGUUGGUAAUUUUUUUGCAAAAAGGUCCUUAUUUGAGAUUCAAAAAACUAAUUUGAUAAUAAGUAGGGAAAUGGGUGCAAAUUUUUAAGGAUAAAAUGUGCAAACUGGGUGUUUUUAAAAAAAAAUAAUGCUAUUUAGCAUUGAGGUAUGCGUCAUCCUGGAUCCAUGUUUAGAAUUAGGCCGAUGUCACUCAGCAUUCUAUGAAUUUCUUUCACUUUACCUCGGUGCGGUACAUGUCUUUUAUAAAAGGUUUUUUUCUUUUUGCAAAGGCUUUUGUUCUCUGCAGCUCUGAAGUAAUAAAACAAUCAGUUGUUCGAAUAUUUUUCUAAGCAUUGCAGGCAGAUUUGCUCAGACACUGCCUUUUUCCUGACAUCCACAAACAGUCUGCUUCACAGUUUUAGCUUUUCCUGCUGUGGUUUUUAAACCCCUGAUCUGCCUGGCCAAAGAAUCCCCCACAGCACGUGACAUGUCCUCCGUCAGUAAUAAGACCUUUAUUUAUCGGUGCCAGAGAGAAAACGUAUAUCGUUUAAUGUUUUAGUCGAUGUUUCCUGACCAAGAGGCUGAAUGUAUUUAUUAAAAAGGCUCACUAUGAAUUUGGUUCUCUGAGCCGAUUAAUGCCAGAUCCCUGUGGACUCUAAACUUUGUGUAUUUGUGUCAGAUGAUUAGAAGGAAUAGCUCUUUAUUCUGUAAGUCGUAACUCAGGGCUAUGCUAUGCAUCCAGCAGGACCUUUCACACUAAAGACUCUCAGAGUCACGUCAUACGAGCAAAACCAAACAGGAAGCUACUGUUCUGAAAAAGCACAGGUAAUGUAUGUGUUUGCAUACAGAUAUGCUGUUGUUCAUCUUGUCGUUAUAGAAGUCCCAGGUCUUUGUGCAUUUUUGAUAAAAUACUGAUGCACUUUUACUCCUAACCUGGGAAAUCAAAUUUGUCCUAAUUUUAGAAGGUACAAAUAAAGCAUAUUUGAUCAGUUUUAAUUGAAUAAGACUUUAGUUUGCUUUAAGGCCUUUAGAGAGGCUGACACGAUGAAUGAAAGGGAUCGGACUGGGUGUCAGUACUACAUGUUUUCAGUGCCAGUACAAAGAAAAUGAGAAAUUAUUUUUUAAGAUGGAGAGGGAGGAACAUAAAUGUUUUGGGGUUUUUCUCAAAAAAAUCUCAAAUGUUUAAACCAGCAGCUCCAAAUCCACACACUAAAAUCUGUAUCCUGUUUAUUUUGGGAACUUUGCUCUAGUCUCUGCCCUUUUUAACCCGUUGUGUGGUUUCUGUCAGCUGUUAAAUUCUUAAAACAGAAUAUCACUCUUUCAAUACACUGGUCACAAUUCAGCUAUGCAAACUGAGACAACUGGACAUGGCUUGUAUUAAAGUGGAUGUUAUGUAUUUCCAGCUCAAUCUACCAGAGUAGCUUUGUAUGAUUACUGUUCAGAAUAAUCCUUAUUUAUCUUACACUGGGCCUUACUGCAGCCGCUUAGUUCCUCCUCUGUUUGAAACGACCAGUUUUAGCUCCUCUCUCAUUGAGUUCAAGUACGGCAUGUGGACCAGUGGCAGCUCGUAGUAACAAGGAAAGUUGAAGUACAUGUAAAGUGUUCAUAAAGCAGCACAGAGGAGACCGAAAGAGCUUUCCUCUUGAGUUUUAACCCUUCUGUUGUAUCUGUCAUAACAGACACUGUUGGUGCCAAGAAAUAUCACCUCAUUAAAUACCAUUAAAUUUAAAAACCAGGACAAAAAUAAUGAACCUAACUAUCUAAAUGUGUCUCUGCAGCCCUCAAUCAAGAAAAGCUAAGCUUAAUGCCACCACUCAGCUGUUUAGCUCCCUUUCCCCUUCUCUUCAAGUCAAAUUUCUUCUGAUUGGUUGCCCCUCAAAAACAGCUGGUGGGUGGCGCUUCUGUGCCAGCAUGACCUUAUUUGGCAAGUCUUCUCUAUUUGGCCUCAUAAAGAAACGAGGGUUAAAAAAACUGUCUGAAGCAGUCUGAAGCACGGGAUUUAAGCUCACAGGCGUUACUUGUACAUAUGUUGACUUCAAUAUUUGAAACCUUGGACCUUGGACAUAUUUACUAUGAACAUUGUGUCCUAUUAUUUUCUUUUUACCCCUCAUUUCUACACUGGAAGAGGAAAAGUUGAAAAGACUGGGAAUCACUGGUCUGAACACAGAAAAGUUGAGCUUAUUUAAAUCAGGAACCAUCUGAUUUCAAAGAAUGAAUUCAAAACAUCUGAUAUUAAACACCAGCUUUUUCUACACAUUUUAACUGGUACAGCAUGAUGGUUGACACCCAGUCCUGUCUGUGCAGGCAGAUGUGCCUCUCAGUGAUAAACAUAUCUGGCAUAUUUCACACUGCAGUGUCUAGUAAACCCGGAUUAGUUAAACCAGUCUAAGCUUUUCCUGUGUUUGAAAGCCAUAAUUCUGGGAUACGUGGUGUCAGCACAGUGCGGCGUGUAACCAUGUAGCUGCAGCUUUAAAUCGCAGGUUCUUCACUUUAACUGGCCUUCUGUUGCACAUGAUUUAACGCUAAUGAGUUCACCUCUGGGUUCGGUGGAUUCGAUCCUGGUGAGCAUUUAGAGGCCUAUACUUCACUCCUGAACUAACCUCACAGGGUUUUUAUUUCCUGGUUUUUGUACCACAGCUGUACAUAAAUGAAUCUGUCUUUGAUGACGGCGUGUCUUUCACAUCUGUGAGGGGAAUGUACCAUUCUCCUGAUAAAGGGGCGUAAAAUUUUCUCACAAUUCAAACGUGUACUUGGUGUUGUAAUUUUCUUCUAAAGAUCUCGUGUGUGAAUACCACCUCCACAUUUGUCUCUGAUGCUCUUGUAGAGACCGGACGUGUCUGUUUCCAGCUCUUGUUUUUGAACUACGGGCAUUUUCUGUCUCCGACAAGCAGUCUUUCAAUUAGUACUUUGUACUACUCAGUAUUACCAAUAUUUUUGGGGGAGAAAAAACAUAAAUGUUCUAGGUCUAAAAGCAGCUCGUCUAUAUGGGUUUCAUUUCUCCAGUGUCAUCUCAAAGCCUCCCUUGCUCUAAGUUUAAAAUUCUUUUGUUUUCCUGUCAUUUCUGCUUUCACACACAUUAAACACCAGUUAUGUUCCCAGUUAUUCCACAACAAUACCAAACUGUCGUCACCUGAAAGCAGUUCACUUGUUAAUUUUGUCCUUGUAGACGCACCUCAUACACUUUUUCUACAAACAAUGUGCCUAGUUUGUACAGUUUCUCCAACAGCAGCACUGCCCAUGAGACCAAGACCCUCAGAGAUUAACCCAGCACCAUCAUCCAGCCAACACCCUUCGAUCCAUCCUUCCAUCCCUCCAAGCCAACUUUUCAUGUGGUGAGAUUGUGGGAGGAAUUCAGGACUUUUUUUCCCUUCAGUUUCUGUUACAUUAUGUAAAAUGGUCACUCUCACUUGUUUGUGGUUUCCUUGCUAGGACAAAGAUCAUCACAACCAUCACGUGGAGUUUCUGAAUGUAGAAAUCCUGUUGUUUGAUGUAGUCGAUUUGGUUUUAUUUUCGUUCCAUUGUUAAUUCAAACUGUCUCAGCUACUGGCCAUUAGUCUUUGUUGGUGAAUACGAUGCCUGGCGAUAGUAACUGGUGGAACACGCAGAGGAUUGGGAUUAAGCGUUAAGCAGACGUUUUAAUUUCAUUGUCAUAUUUGUACUCUGAAUUUUAUGGCUGUAGGCCAGCUCACUGCAGAAUCUCUACACAGAAUUUAAGAAAUACGACUAAUGAAAAAUGGCAUUAUGCACGAGUAUGUUCAUUAUAUCGAUUAAAGGGGACCUAUUAUGCUUAGUUCCUAAUCCAGUCCACUCUGGAGCAUCUUCAGGUGGAUUGAAAGUAAUCCUUACUUACAUCAUGUUUAGCCUUGAUGCAGCAACUCAGGUAUUUUAGCUCCCUUUAAGCCCAGUUUCUACUGAUUGGGUGCCCCUCAUCAGCUGCAAGUGGGUGGGGCUUCUGUGCCUGAGAUGACCAUAUUGGGUAUAUUCACUUUCUCUGCCAUCACAAAAUGUUCUGAAACAGGAUGUUUGUAUCAGUCUGAAGCCUGAACUUGUAUUGUACACACUCUGACCUCAUUAUUAGAGACUUUGGCCAUGUUGAGCAUGAACAUUGGAUCAGUACAGAAAUGGCAGAGAGACAGGAAAAAGCAGAAUCGGUCUCCUUUAAUUCACUGUGGAAAAUUAAUUAAGAAAGAAUUAAUUAAAGUCAGGAGCUCCACAGAUUUUCAAAGCUGAAGAGCAACUUUCAUUUUUCAAAUCCGAAUUUUAGAAAAUUAAAAUAAAUGACAAAAGCCAGAAAUGCAAUUCUGUUACUUCUGCAAAAUGAAUUAAAGUAUUUUUAAAGUUUC